AAGAGUAUAUCGCCUUAAUCUAUUUGUUUUGUAUUUUGAGUUCAGUUAGUGCCGGCUAGUUAAUAAAAACAAUGAGCAUAAAGAUAUUCUUACCUACGGAAUACUUUUAUCAAAAACGUGCCUGUCAUUUAUACGGUCAGUUGCACAUUAGCGAAGACAAUGUCGUCGUGUACUACGUGAUUGAUGCAGACAGCAAUAAGUUUGAGCUGGACACAUAUAAAAUGCGCUUCCUGGGAUCCAUCCUAUGUAAUGACUCCUAUAAAGAUAGGAAUUAUUGUCGUUCGCAUGACAUGAGCUUAUGCUUCACCUACACAAACGAUUCGCCAAACAUUGCGCUUAUGUUCACUGCCAUUACACCUGACCGCCUCAAUCAAAUCAAAUUGGUUCUUUAUGAUAAACAAACGCUACUAAGUCUUGUUAUCAAAGAGCAAAACCCUAUUAGCCAGUGGACAAGGGAAAGUCAUGUUAAUGACGAAUGCGAUUUCUAUAUGUUAGCCCAGUUGGUGCAACCCAAACCAGAUCCAUUACGAAAAUCAAACGAUAUCUGGUUUUAUAGUAAUCAGUUUUUAUAUUUGUUUGCAAACAUUCCCAUGCAAUUAUUUAAACAUAUUGUUGGGAACACAUUUGUAAAUAGCAUUAUAACCCAUACAGUUAUCUAUACGCAUUAUAAGGAAUGGCAAACUAUAUACGCAACAGGUUCUAGGCUGACAAAUAUCAUGGUAGAUCGAGCAUUGGGUAUUAUACUAAUGUUGAUAUUGUUUACACUUGUCUCGCAUCCAGGAGAUUUUCUAAUACAAAUCUCCCAUAUUAUAAUACAACAGCUAUAUAGCUUGCUGAAAGUUUUGGAGGGUAGUCCCAUUGGUUUAAAGCUCAACAUACAUCUUAACAAUUUUUUCCUUGAUUGCUUUAAAUAUCACAUUGAACUGUGGUCAACCUUUUUGGAUUUAAUUGAACCAAUUGUACGUCAGGUGUUUCUUGCAAUUGGAGCUUUUGGAUGUUUAGGGUUUACGUAUCAAAUAGCACUGCUUGCGGAUCUAAUUUCAAUUGUUGGAUUACAUGCUCAUUGUUUUUAUGUUUAUACCAAAGUUUUAAAUAAUGUAGAAGUUAAGGGACUCACAGUAUUAUGGCAAGUGGUACGAGGCAAUCGCUAUAACAUCUUGAGAAAUAGAAUUGAAGCACACAACUAUAUGAAUCGCCAGCUGUAUCUGGCAACUAUAUUCUUUUCUGCAAUACUCUUUCUUUUUCCAACUACUCUUGUUUACUAUGUUGUAUUUGCAACCUUAAAAGCUCUGACCUGCGCAACUUUGGCAAUACUAGAGGGGUUUCGUCGCAAGCUUUUGAAUUUGCCGAUCGAAGUUUUCCUUAAGUAUAUAAAAAGAGGAUUUUAUGAUAUUGAUUGCCUAAGAGUGCUGGACAUCCCACUUCAAAAACAAUUAUUUUUUACUUAUCGAAAUUCUAAAAUAUUAAUUUUUGUAUAUAAACUUCAUGUUUGAAUUAAAAAAAAAAAAAAAAAAAAAAGUCCUAAGUACCAAUGAAAUGCUUGAAACUUGCAAUGUUGUCUGUGUUGUUAAGUUACACAAGCUUUUGUUGUUUAAACAAAAAAGCGUUGUCUAUAGUUACAUUUAGUCAUUUUAAGAGCGAUAACGUCGGGCGUCUUAUAUCGCUAGCAUAUAUCGAUACAUGAAAAGGCAACCCUGACAGGUAAGAACGUUUUCGUUCCACAAUUAGUCUCAUCUCAUUGCGCUUCAGUUUCUAUACAGAGGUGGACGGUUGUGUAAUUGGAGCUGUCCAACGUUUUUUCUUAAAUAUUGUAAUGGAAAUUUCUGCAAAAAUGGAUAAUUCUGGCAAUUCAGCACCUCUACCACAGCGUCAAGCAAGAGCAAA